CCUUGGUGAUGUGGGGAUGGAUCAGCCACCUGAGCGCAAGAUGAGUGCUGAGGGGACAGAGGGGAGACCAGCCCCGCCCACCUCUCUGCCAUUGCAGGGUCAGGGAGGUGUGUCCUCCCAGAGGAAAAAGUUGUCAGCCCCUCAUAUAAGCCUUUCAUUGGACCAGAGUGAGGAUGACCUCUUUGACACACCUGAUGACCUGGACAUUAACGUAGAUGACCUGGAUACUCCUGACGAGGCUGACCUGUUAGACUAUACAGACCAUGAGAUGGACUGGGAGGAGCCUCAGGCAUCCAGUCGUACCUCAGCCAAGGAGACGGCGGAACCAAUCCCGCCAUACACUGCUGAGGAGGAACGUCAGGAUGCUAAAUUAUGGAGGACAGUGGUGAUUGGUGAACAGGAGCACCGCAUUAACAUGAAGAGCAUUGAGCCGUAUCAGAAAGUCAUCUCCCAUGGAGGCUACUAUGGGAAUGGUGCGAAUGCCAUCAUCGUGUUUGCGGCGUGUUUUCUGCCGGACAGUGACAGAGAGGACUACCAUGAAGUCAUGGAGAACCUCUUCCUGUAUGUGAUCAGUACACUGGAGCUGAUGGUGGCUGAGGACUACAUGAUAGUGUAUCUCAAUGGAGCCACGCCACACAGAAGAAUGCCUGGGCUCGGCUGGCUCAAGAGAUGCUACCAGAUGAUUGACAGGAGGCUAAGAAAGAACUUGAAAUCCUUCAUCAUUGUUCACCCUUCCUGGUUCAUCAGGACAGUUCUAGCCAUUACCAGACCCUUUAUAAGCUCAAAGUUCAGCGCCAAAAUAAAAUACGUGAAUAGCUUGGCAGAACUGGAGGAACUCAUUCCCAUGGAGUAUGUCCACAUCCCAGAGUGCAUUAUCAAGCUUGAUGAGGAGUUGCGUGAAGCGGCAGAGAACUCGAAAAUCAACAACUUUCUCCAAGGAACAGAGGUGUCAGCAGCUCAACCUGUAGCACAACCUGAUGCAAGCAGUUCUUAAGAAGGGGCGCGUGGACAGUGUGGCUGUGUGUCUGUAUCAGAGAUGUUUUCAGUAUGUCAGACCUAGACUUU